AUGUUGGACCCUAAACGUCGGAUCCCUCUCAUGAUGGAAUUUCUUGAACAGCAAACUCCCGCUGAUCAAGGAAAACGAGGGCAAGUUCUCGGAGGCGAUGGGUCGGCCCCGCCAAUACAGAAAAAGUUAGAGCCUCGGCCAUCGGUACUUGGGGCUGAAAAGCGGUUGCCCGCAUCUUCUGGAAAUACUGCUGUGGAGCCUAAAUCAGGAUGGGGCGUGACGCUUCAAAAUGCAUGGAGUAUGUUAGUACGGAUCUCAACCGAUAAUAAUUAUAUAGAGGACAAAGGCACACCACUAACGGAGUGUAAUCCCAUAUAUGUUAACAGAACUAUAAUAGACUCAAAAAUGUAG